AUCGACUGAAAGAUCCGUGGCCUUUAUUUAGCUCGAGGAUGUAGUUUAAAAUCUUUAACCAUGGCCUAUGUCCAGAUCGAUUUUGAAGACCUCGAAUUUUUCGAGAAAUGUGGUGGAGGCGCGUUUGGCUCUGUCUACAGAGCGAGGUGGAAAUCGCAAGAUAAAGAGGUAGCGGUAAAGAAGAUCUUGAGUUUAGGAAAAGAGGCGAGUAUUUUGAGCAUGCUCAGUCACAAGCAUAUAAUCAAGUUUUAUGGAGCUGUAAAUUCGCAGCCCAACUUUUGCCUUGUGACAGAAUAUGCUGCUAGUGGAUGUCUUUAUGAUCACCUGGCAAACAAUAAGCUUAAUUUUGACCAGAUUCUAAGAUGGUCUACUGAGAUUGCUUUGGGUAUCAACUACCUCCACAAUGAAGCCCCAGUGAAGGUGAUUCACAGAGAUCUCAAGUCAAAAAAUGUGGUGAUUUGCUCUAACUUGACAGUCAAAAUCUGUGAUUUUGGUACAUCAAGAUUCCUGAAUAACACAACUAAGAUGUCUUUGGUGGGGACAUACCCGUGGAUGGCUCCUGAGGUUAUUCAAAGCAUGCCCAUAUCAGAGGCUUGUGACACAUUUUCUUAUGCUGUGGUGUUGUGGGAGAUGCUUACCCAAGAGGUGCCAUUUAAAGGACUUGAUGGUAUCCAAGUGGCAUGGCUGGUUGUGGUAGAGGGAGAGCGGUUGACAAUUCCAAGCAGCUGCCCGGAAACGUUUGGAAAGCUCAUGAAAAAAUGUUGGUUAACGGACCCAAAGGAACGCCCAAAUUUUCAUGAAAUUUUGACAGAACUCAAAGCCAUGGGUAAAGAUGCUUCUCUACAACAGGAAACAGACUCUUUUAUUGAGCAGAAAAGGAUCUGGAGUAAUGAAAUAGAGGCAACAUUAAGCAGGCUCAAGAAAUUAGAAAAAGAUUUAACAGUAAAGGAAAAGGAAUUGCAUGAGAGAGAAGUACGUGUACUUCAAAAAGAAAAGGAAAUAAUUGAGCAGCAGUCUGUUUCAAAGGUUCUGGACAAACAUGACGUUAAUGCCUGGACAGAGAAUGAUGUGUGUUUGUGGCUGCAGCAAGUUGCACUGAACAGUGGGCACAAAGAUCUUGUGACGUAUUUACAGCUGUUUCAAGAUAAUCAUAUCACUGGGAGAAGGCUCAUCGUGCUCACAGAGGAGAACUUGGUCGCUCUUGGCAUAGAAUCCUUCGGUCACAGGAUUGAGUUGAUGGAGCAAAUUUGUCAUUUAAGGUCUGAGAGUGAAUCAAUGAUGCACUUUCCUCCGCUUCGAUCCAAGGAUGAUGUCACUACAAAUGGUUAUCCAAGCAGUCAACCGCAACAGCAGUUAACUCUCAUUCUGUUAUUUGGUAAUCACUGUAGAAUGGAGAAAUCCUCACAGGAGCACAAAUGGAAGAUGUUUGUGGAAAUUGACGGAGACGAAAAUGCUCUACUUUUAGUGAAGAGUGUCACAUUCUUCGUCAAACACACAAGUGACGUCCAAACACUGAAUCAGCCGCCCUACGUCAUGAGCAGCUGGUGUACCAGCAAUCCCGGUGCGGCACCUGUUGUGGAAUGCACGGUGAAUUACGAGAAUGAAGUCAAAAAGCCCAGAAAUACCAAGCAUGUGCAUACAGUUCUGCUUAAAGAGAGCGGCUCAACGAGAACAAAAACUGUCCAUUUAACGCUCAAGCAAUCAGCAGGAUCCAGUGCAAGAGGGAACAACCGCCUGGACGGGCCUUCAUCUCAAUCCCCUACCCCACCUGGAUCUCCUUGUGUAACCAAGGCUUCAGGCUCAAGACGCUCGUCUUUCUCCAAUCUCCCUCCACCUCUUUUGAACGCUGUUCGUAGUAAGCAAGACCCAUUUCCAGUCACGUGGGCGCAGAAAGUGGCAUUUAGUGGCCCUUCAAGUCCUGAAAAAAGACCACCCACAAGAGUGGUCCCAUCUGCUACAACACCGACAACACGGAGUCCCCCAGAUAGCUGUCCUUGGAGUGCCUCCGUCAGCACUAAAUCUCAUAAAGGAAACCCUUCCAACUGGGACGCGAGUUGGAUAUCAGAUAGCAGUCCUAAGCCACGCUCCUCUUUUUCUCCCUCAGACCCUACCCAGGGUCAAUCCAGUCAGCAGCAUCAAUCGUCCAGAGGCAGAAGAGGAAGGGGCAGAGGUGCAAGAGGAGGUGGCCACAGGGACCAGAGCUACCAGCGAAGUUUUAGCGAUUCAAAGUAUGCCGGUAGAGGUUCAUAUGCUCGGGACAAUGAAGCGAUAAAGGAACGCAUGAUUGCUAGUGAAGGUGCCACUCGAGUUGCGCGGAGGAAAAGCAGUGAGGUUGCAAGACUCUACUCACAGCAGAAGGAGACUAGGGCACGCAAUGACAGGGGGACACCAAAUGGAAUGAAUGCGUGCGAUAGUACCUCAUCUUCAUCCGAUGCAGCCGAUCGGGACAACGCACCGGGUAAUGACACGAGUUCGGGAUGGUGUACUGUUUCACACCAGAGGACACAUCGGGAAGGAGCUGGAACCACAAACUCGCAAAGAAACGAUCGUAGAACAUUUGAUAAGCGGGCAGUUGAUGAGGGGAGAGGAACUAGAAGAGGGGGUUAUCAAGGUAGAGGAAACCAAGGUCGAGGCGACCGGGGCAGGGGAACUGGAGGCCCCAGGGGGCGUGGGCGUGGGCGUGGGCGUGGAGGAAGGGGAUCGAUGUAGACAAAGAAUAUUUGUUGCGUGCGUGUUGUUAAGGGAUUGCAGAUUUGUGUCGAAUAUUUUUACAUUGUGGCUUUUCGAACACAAAAACGUCGAAAUGGUUUUCUUUUUAUUAUGUUGUUAGUGCUCUCCUCAGCUUGAUAAAGGUAUAUUUCUGUUUAAACCAGCGGUUCUCUUAUUCUUCUUUAACUUGUCAACUCUAUGUGGUGUGUAUCCUGUCAAGCGUCCCUUCUUCGACAUGUAUUCGCGAUUGAUCCCUACUAAAAAAACAACUGAUACAUCAUUGCAUCGAGAUCAUCAUUUACGUACAUGCAUUUUUUUUUAUUGAAACAGUUGUUGAAUUUAAAACAAAGAAAAACAAAACAAAACAAAACAAAGCAAAACAAAAAAAGAACAAAAAAACAAAGACAUGAAAAAACAAAACAAACCAUACAAAAAUGGGUCUGUCAAUGGCUCGAGCUAUCCGAAUAGUUGACAAGUCUCUUAUCGAUUUAUGAUGCUGGUCGCAACUAGACGACGAGUGGCUAUUUUGAUGAAUUUUAUUGAUUUAAAAAGUAAUAAACAUUUUAUACUAUUCUGC